CUGCGCGCCUUCUCAGGUGUGCCGUGUGUCUCUUCUGGGGAGCUGAUCUCUGGCUGCAACCCUCCCGGUGGAUGUUGACUGUCCAGAAUCCCAAGAAGUCUUGGUUAGCAACGAAGCCUGCUUGCAGUUUGCUCUCAUGUGUGACUGGAAGUCGAGUGCAUCAUUAACCUAAGGACCUCACCACUUGGAAGUUACAGUUUUCACCAUCAGCCUACCUUUCCUUUUUGGUCUGGUUCUUUUCCUCAAACAGUGGAAACAUCUUUCUUUUAAUAAAGUUGCUUUUGAUGCAGAGUUAAGCAAAUGGCUGAUAACAGCUGUGGUAAAAAAUCUACAAAGUGCCCCCACUGCUCAUCCGCUUCUCAGAAAAAAGCACUUUGUAUAUGUUCUUGUAAAACAAAGCUUUCUCCAAUGUCAGUGGUGGAAAUGUCACAGACAUCAAGCACAGGUAGUUCAGAAUUUAUAGUUUCACCAGAAAAAAAAAAAGAAAAAGGAGCCAGCAAAGAUGUUGCCUCUGGAAAAGAUUUGCCCUCAAAAUCUUCACAUGUAGAGAGAAAACCAUCUCAACAACAGUGGGGUCGGGGCAACUUCACAGAAGGAAAAGUUCCUCACAUACGGAUGGACAAUGGAGCCGCCAUUCAGGAAAUCUAUACCUUUGGAAGAAUAUUGGGACAAGGGAGCUUUGGAAUGGUCAUUGAAGCGAUAGACAAGGAAAGAGCAACUAAGUGGGCAAUUAAAAAAGUGAACAAAGAAAAGGCUGGAAGCUCUGCUGUGAAGUUACUUGAACGCGAAGUGGACAUCCUAAAAAGUGUGAAACAUGAACACAUCAUACAUCUGGAACAAGUAUUUGAGACACCUAAGAAAAUGUAUCUUGUGAUGGAGCUUUGUGAGGAUGGAGAACUCAAAGAAAUUCUGGAUAGGAAAGGUCAUUUCUCAGAGAAUGAGACAAGGUGGAUCAUUCAAAGUCUCGCCUCAGCUAUAGCCUAUCUUCACAAUAAGGAUAUAGUACAUAGAGAUCUGAAACUGGAGAACAUAAUGGUUAAAAGCAGCUUUAUUGAUGCUAACAAUGAAAUGAACUUAAACAUAAAGGUGACUGAUUUUGGCCUAGCAGUGAAGAAGCACGGAAGGAGUGAGGCCAUGCUGCAAACCACAUGUGGGACGCCCAUCUAUAUGGCCCCUGAAGUUAUCAAUGCCCACGACUAUAGCCAGCAGUGUGACAUUUGGAGCAUAGGUGUCAUAAUGUACAUUUUAUUAUGUGGAAAAGCACCCUUUAUGGCAAGCUCAGAAGAGAAGCUUUUUGAAUUAAUAAAAAAGGGAGAACUACAUUUUAAAAAUUCAAUCUGGAAUUCCAUAAGUGAUUGUGCUAAAAGUGUUUUGAAACAACUUAUGAAAGUAGACCCUGCUCACAGACUCACAGCUAAGGAACUACUAGAUAACCAGUGGUUAACAGGCAAUACACUUUCUUCAGCGAGACCACCCAAUGUGUUAGAAAUGAUGAAGGAAUGGAAAAAUAACCCAGAAAGUGAUGAGGAAAGCACAACAGACCAAAGAGACAGUGGGUCUGGACAAGAGGAUUUGAAAGUGUACCAACCCAGCAGAAAUGUCCCUGAUGUCAGUAACUCUUCAGAUGAAGAGGAAGGAAAACAGACCACUGCUUAUGAAAAGACUCCUGUGCCCAGUAAGAAGGAAAAUAUAGACGACCUUGACACGAGUUUUACAAGUUCUGUAGGUAGCAGACUCCCUCCAGUUGAGCUCAAGGGAGAAGCAGAGAAAGCACCUGUGACUUCAAGCCAAGGAGCAGCAUCCAAAGGCACUGCUAAAGCCGUUGCCCUGCCUAGACCCAGAAAGAAGCCCUAACCAUGCUAAAUAGUGCAGAAACAGAGCUGCUCUUUCUAGUGCUAAACAUGAAGGGGUAGGAGGGGAAAAGGACAGUACUGUGCUGAGCUUUUAGCCUUUUAGCUGCACUGAGCCCUGCCACGUGUUUGUACCAGUUUAGAAUUGCAGCUCCUCACCUCCAAGGCAGCGUGGUAUUGAAGGACAGACACCAACAGACCUGAUGGCAGGUGUGGCUGAAAGCAACUCAGUGUUUUCGAGAGUUGUUUAGAGGAGGGGAUGCCCUCAAAGCAAAGCUGUGGGCACACUUGCCCAGUUUUACUUAAGAUUCUUAUGUUUAGGCACAAUUAUUUUUAGGGGAAACUGAGGGCCAAAUAUGGUAGCAGAGGCUCCAAAUGAUUAUGUGCACUUUGCACUAGGAGAUUUGUUAGGAAAUUACUAAUAAACUUGCCAUAGGCAUAACAGCAGAAGUGCUUCAGCCAUUCACGUGUGUUCUUGUGAUUUUAGAUUUCUGUAGAUUGUUUAAGACAGCUUAUUUUAAAUGUAGAAAAAUAGAUUUUGUAACUAUUUGCCAUUAACUUGCUGCUAAAUUCCCAGUGUAUUGAUUUAAUCAAUAAAA